AUCCACCGCACGACGGUCAACACAACCUGCACCCUCUUCCGGAUCCAAAUCACAGCUCCUCCCGAUUCAUCCACGAUCAACGCCCAUGGCUACAGUCGCCGGAGGAGCAAUGCUGCAGAUGCGCGUCCCGUCGGCCUCGUCAUCGGCGUUCGAGCCCGUGCGGCGGCGAAGAGGGGCGUCGGUGAGAUGCGCAGCGGUGCGCGGGUCGGCCGGGACGAGGCCGGCGAUGGAGGAGGACCAUUACCGGACGCUGAGGCUAUCGCCGGGGGCCACCAGGUGCGAGGUCAAGAAGGCCUUCCACCGCCUCGCGCUGCAGUACCACCCGGACGUCGCGCGCCACCACCACAACGACGGCGACGCCCAGGACCAGGACGACGCGGAUUUCCAGAGGAUCAACGUGGCGUACCAGAGGGUCAUGGCCAACAUGCGGGAGGCGGAGGCGAGGCUCGAGCACUGGCGCGCUCGCUACGGCCUCGCCGACGAGGACCUCGACCGGUACCGGCGCUACCUCCACGAGGACGACGGCGAGGACGACUGGUUCGCCGACCUCUGAAAUCCUGAAACGACGGGCCGUGCUUCUAGCCAUGACACUUCGACAGCUAGCGUUGUAAAUUUGUGAAUUUAGUGUAACUGUCUGCAUUAUUUCUC